AUGGAAGAAAGCUCGGUCUCGGCGUUCAAGCGCUCCGCACUGAAGGGCCGUGCGCGACGGGACCUGGCCGCCACUGAUAACGCGCCACCGAACUUUGCAUCCGAGCUCUACCCCAUGGCGCCGCACACAGCCCCCGCCUGCCCCGCCAGAAGCUAUAUGACGUGCAAACGAUUGCUCGCGCACGGCCAUUACGUCGUGCCUCGAAAGUUGACCUCGAUCGCUCGCGCGGACAAAGCCUACCCGAACCGAAUCUUGCCUGCCGAAGAUGCUCGCGCCUCGACGAUGCUUCAGACGGGUGCGAAUGCGAUGGAUGAUGUGCUUUGCAAAAAGAUCAGACUGCUGUAG